AUGGCGUCAUACUUCGAUCUCCCGCCGUCCCAGAAGGCCGCGCCAGCUGCGAGUCUAGAUCAAAUAUCCCAGGACCAGCGCAAACAAUUGGGUCGCAUGAACAGCUUAAUGUCCCCUGCAGUCACACAGAUUUUGGAAGGAUUAGGCGACGACCACUCAGACAGCGAUAGCAGCGAAGGAGACAUAUCUGAACAAGAAGAGCAACGUUCCACUCAACAUACCAAGAAAUCACUCGAGCCUCAGCGGCUGAGCCAAGACAAACAAAAGCAUAUCGCUAGCCAGAACCCUCGACCUUCAUCAUUGUCACCAAGCAGAAGUUCUCUGAAAUCGGGUACCGGCAAAAGUUCAAUUCACUCUAAAACUUCUUCGGCACGUGGGAGCGGAGAAAACUCCGCAAAGCCCAGACAAAAACAGCCUCACAUGGCGCGAUUCCACUCUCUUCGCAGCAUGCUUUUCCAACAAAGAAUUGAAGACCAAAUGAAGACUGUCACACAGGAAGACUGUCAGAAUGAACAAAACGCGGCAGACAAGUGGCAUAAGCAACACGAAGAGCGCCAGAUGCACCGCACGGGGACACCUGAGAAGGACUCAUCAGGGAAGAGUGGAAUUGGAAGCAGACUGAGAAUGACGGUAAGAAGGAUGACAACAAAAGAUGCGGGGAAUAUGGAGAAGAUCAGGGAAGAUGGCGCACCAGUCGAAUUCAAUGAUCGGGCAUCAACGGCCUCUUCAGACGUGGAAGGAGAACAAAGGAAUCCAUAUGAGAGUGAUGGAGAGAGCAUCGAUCAUUCUGACGUGGAAGAAUUGGUACGUUGGGUCAGUCGACGGGAUCCACCCAGUGACGGUGAAAGACGAAAAGACAACAGUGUGGUGGAGGCCAAAGAGGAUAGUGGCCACGAGAGCCUUGGGCCGUCGGAUGUUGAUGAACUUGUUCGUUUCGCCAGCAGAAAAUCUGACGCCAAAGAGACUCGCUCAAUCAACGACGGACAUUCAGGGUAUAGCGAUGCGUCCACUGAGUCUGACAGCGAACUCAGAGAAGUAUCUUCAGAUGAAGAAGAGGACGCAGAUGACCUCGUACGCUGGAUAUCGCAUCGCGACGGACCUAAAGCAGGCCCAGUGCGUAGGAACUUACAACGAGCGGAACUGGACUCUGAUGUAGGAGAGCACUACGAGUCUGACGUACCAGAACUAGGUCGCUGGUUCAAGCGCCACGACGGCACUAGCGGCGAGUCUGCAGCGUCUACGCCUGUCAAGGAGACUUUUGACGAUUUUGACGAAGAGGAGCAGCGUGGUCGCCCAAGAAGCCGCGAGGAAAUUGAACCAAUCAAGGAAAAGAGGCAUAUUACAGACGACGACGUCGACGAACUUGUCCGCUGGGUGAGCAGGAAAGAUUCCAAACAGCAAGAAUCACCCGUGCUAGAAGGCGAUAAUCCAAUUGGCCGUCUAAAGCGGGAAGAGGAAGAGAAGCAGCAACAAAUCGGCAUGAGUGUCGAUGAUGGUAGUCUCUCCCAAGCUGAUCUACCGGAUGUUGUCGAACAUGCGCGAAAGACGAGUGGUGGUCCCACUAAUUCUCCACCAACAGGCCCGUUUGCAGUCGAAACCGGCGAUUUGCGAGUACUAAGGGACGAAAAGACAAAAGCGGUUACCCCAGACCAUGACUCCCAAUGCGAUCUAGACGGGCAGAGAGAAAGUCUAGACGAGAAGAAACAAGAGCUAGGCAUGAGUCAUGAUGAUGAGAGUCUGAGCCACAGCGAUGUGCAAGACCUAAUCGCACACGUAAAGAAGAUCUGA